AUGGCCGAAUCAUCAAAAGAGCUCGAGAAGUCGUUGGUCAAGAAAGUUUGUGAACUUCGCCCACUUGCCUCUGGUCUCACCCUCACCGUCAAAGUUGUUGAUACCAAAAUGGUAGCACCGAAGGGUCGUCACGCACGGAUUGCUGAAUCCCUGGUGGGUGAUGAGACAGGAAUAAUUGUUUUCGUUGCUAGGAAUAAUCAAGUGGACCAGAUGAAGGAGGGUAGCACUGUCAUCUUACGCAAUGCUAACAUCGAGAUGUUCAGAGGAUCAAUGAGGCUUGCCGUGGACAGUUGCGGCCGCAUCGAAGCCACCGAGCCGGCCAGCUUCACCGUGAAGGAAGACUGUAACCUUUCAUUGAUCGAAUUCGAAUCAGUGAAAGUGGUCAAAUAG